GACGUCAGAGAGCGGCGCGGUGCCGCGCCGGGCCGGGCGCUCCGGGCGCGGAUCCCGAUCCCGACCCCGCUCCUCAUCCCGAUCCCGCCGCUCCCGCUCCCCCCGCCAUGGCACCACCACCCGCAGGGAGCAGGCUCUGAGGACGCUGCACGGGAGCGCCAGGACGAUGGGUGCGGGAGGCGCUGAGCCCGAGGACCCUGCGAGCGGGGAGGAGGCAGCCCCGGGCAAGCACUACGUGUGCGGGUACUGCGCGGCCUUCACCAACAUCGCGGUGACCUUCCCCAUCCAGAAGGUGCUGUUCCGGCAGCAGCUGUACGGGCUGCGCACCCAGGACGCCGUGCGCCAGCUGCGCCGCGACGGGCUGCGCACGCUGUACCGCGGCAUCCUGCCCCCGCUGCUGCAGAAAACCACCACCCUGGCGCUCAUGUUCGGCCUCUACGAGGACUUCUCGGCGCUGCUGCUGAGCCACGCGCGCGCCCCCGAGCUGGUGACGCGCAGCGCGGCCGCCGCGCUCGCCGGCACCACCGAGGCCGUGCUCACGCCCUUCGAGCGCGUCCAGACGCUGCUGCAGGACUACAAACACCACGACAAGUUCACAAACACUUACCAGGCCUUCAAGGUGCUAAAAGCCUAUGGGAUGAGGGAGUACUACCGGGGGCUGGUGCCCAUUCUGCUCCGGAACGGGCCCAGUAACGUGCUGUUCUUCGGCCUGCGCGGGCCCAUCAAGCAGUGUCUGCCUGAGGCGACCUCACACAGCACCCACCUGAUCAACGACUUCAUCUGUGGGGGGCUGCUGGGCGCCAUGCUGGGCUUCCUGUUCUUCCCAGUGAAUGUGGUAAAGACUCGCAUGCAGGCUCAGAUUGGCGGGGAGUUUCAGUCCUUCUCCAAAGUGCUCGUGAAGAUCUGGCUGGAGCGCGACAGGAAACUGAUGCGCCUCUUCAGAGGAGCCCACCUGAACUACCACCGCUCUGUGCUGUCCUGGGGGAUCAUCAACGCCACCUACGAGUUCCUGCUGAAGCUGCUGUGACCCUGUCCUGCCUGUGGGGCAUUGGCACUCGUGGUGCGUCUGGGCACACGCCCAGGGAGCAGGGCCUGUGUGUGUGACAGGUAAUUCCUCCUGGCCUUCCAUAUUUAUGGGGUGAAUGGUGAUGAAUUUAAACCUCGGUGCAAUUCUGAUGAACUUUUUAAAGUAUUCCUUUGCUGGCAGGUGAGUUUACCCAUAAUGGAGCUCCUAGACAAAUACAAGGUUUAAAAACAAACAUCAAAAAUACUUGUACCAAUCUGUUAUUCAGUAUCACUCCCAAAAUUCCUUAACUCUCUGCGAUGGGAUGUGCUUCACUGCCCGCACUUAGAACGUGAGAAUCAAGGAGAGGCUGAAGAAAUCUGAUUCCAUUGCCUGAUCAACUUCCAAGUCUCAAAUCUGGAACUGCUUUUUCAGACCCUUUGGGUCCUCGUUGUGUCAAGCUCAAAGGACACAGCAGAUGGGGAUGACUGAGGUGCAGAGCUCCCAGCUGCACCUCGGACUGCUGCAGCAGUGGCCGUGUCCUCCAGCCGUGGCACUGACCGUGUGACCUCAGCCCGAGCCGGAUCUCUGUGUGUGUGUGUGUGUGUGUGUGUACGUGUGCCUUCCUGGGAAAAGGGAAAAGCAGAAGGAAUGAAACAGCAAACUCACUAAAGCUUUAAAGUGUCCUUCCUUGU